CAAUCAGGCUUAACGUGGGCUCUGGUCUCUUAAUCCACUCCCUCAGCAACCUCUCCCAGCCAGCUCUAGACGCCUUUCCGACUUCAUCACCAUCCUUAAACCCUUCAGCCGCCAUCUCUGCCCCGUACGACUCUCGCUGCUCCGCUCGUCAUCCCUUCGUCAACGACAGACCCGCGCCCGGUACCACCUAAACCUUCGUACUUGAACCAUCCCCAAGCCGAGACGAUACAUCGAUCGCCGCAACUACCCAUAUCUUCACGAUGCCGCUCUGUGGUGGAACGAAGUCUGUGCAGCGCAAGCUAGUCCUUCUCGGCGAUGGCGCAUGCGGCAAGACAUCGCUAUUGAACGUGUUUACAAGGGGAUAUUUCCCCACCGUAUAUGAGCCUACGGUAUUCGAAAACUAUGUCCAUGACAUCUAUAUCGACAAUACACACGUGGAAUUGAGCCUGUGGGACACGGCUGGACAGGAAGAAUUCGACCGAUUACGCUCGCUUUCAUACGAUGAUACACACGCCAUCAUGCUUUGCUUCAGCGUUGACUCGCCCGAUUCAUUGGAGAACGUAGAAACCAAAUGGGUUGGCGAGAUCGCCGAGAACUGCCCAGGUGUCAAGCUCGUUUUGGUUGCAUUGAAGUGCGAUCUCCGAAAACGAGACGAUGCGGAAGAGGAUGAGCCACAACCAGAGAAGACUUUGAUCAACUAUGAUGAAGGCCUUCGCGUGGCUGAGAAGAUCAAGGCUCUACGAUACCUUGAGUGCUCCGCCAUGAAGAACCGAGGCGUUAACGAAGCAUUCACCGAGGCAGCUCGCGUUGCUCUCUCCGUCAAGAACGGCAAGGACAAGAGCGACGGUUGCUCUGUCAUGUAAACGGCUCCUCUAUAUCUCUCAUCCUUUCGACUACUACCUUGAUACCUCGUUCUCUCCUCUUCUAAGCGGCUCCCUUUCAAUUAUUCAUUUCUCUCAUCUCGCCCUCAUCUCAAUAACCGGCGCUUUAUUCUCCGCUAAUUUCUGGGGA